ACACUCUCAGUUGUUUGCCUGUAUUCAAUGAGUGCGUUGAUGCAGCGACUGCGCAAUGCUGGCCAUGAUGACCCCAACCAACGCGCGCCGUCAUCUGCUCCCCAACCUCCAGUCGCGAGGCGGAACUCCCAAAGCCAGAAGCCAGAAGUGAGCAAAGAUCCAAACAAACCUCAGAAACGGUUGCAGCUUCACCAGAAAUGCAUCUACCAGCGUAUGAUGCCAGGCAGAGCAUUUAUAUCUGCCCACGUGAGUCGUUUGCAACACGGCUACUAUGAGAAUAGCGGCGACGUGCUCCACGAGCAGCCCAUGAAUGGCGUGUCCUUUGUGUCCGUUCACUUUGUCUUUCACCCCUACGACCCGAGAGCGCAUCGCUUCAAAUCGGCUGAAAUCAAGGUGACCAUACGGGGGGAUGGCUGCCAACCCAAAAAUGCGCAUCCCCAAUCUGGACGACAGCGACCGCGGCGAUCCAAUCCACGAAUAUUGAAGCAUGCACCAGAGCUCAUCUACGGCGCGGUAUCCCCCGAGAAUCUGCAGUGGAACUUCAGCCUUUCGAGCUCGCUGGGUGUUUCCCAGGCACCUUUGAGUGCCACCUUGAACCCCAACGGUGGCGUCAGGGGCUCUUACAAGAUAUACGACAUGAUGAGCAUCCAAGGCUCCUUGCGGUCGUUGAAGAGCACCGUGGGUUCCCAGUACGAUGUCGAUGACGCACAAGCCGUGUGGACGCUCGAGGAAAACCUGCUCCAACGAUCCGGUUUGCCUCGGGAGUUUGAUUUUGUGCUGCUGGUCCACAAGCCCGACGACGUCAAGAAUAUUUUCCUCACUGUGGAUGUAGAUGCCGUUGUAGGGACCUGGUUCGGCGACUAUCCGCAGUGGUAUUCCAACAUGUCAAAGUACCUACCUACGCAAGAUUUGACAUUCGACUUUGAUACGAACAUUGGGCAGCGUUUCGUCCCUGCUCAUCCUGAGAGGGGGUUUAAUUUUGCAGACCUCCCUCAUCCACUUCAGGACUAUGUGACGAUGCCAGGAACGAUUUACCCCACAAACGAUACAGCGGAUGAUUCCAAGUCACGCGAGGAUAACGGGAGAGCAUUCGAUGAUUAUGACGAUUUCGACGAUGAUUAUCACAGGCGAUUCGACUUCAACCCGCGACCUUAUGGUCGGACUAUAGAGGCAUCGCCCAACAUGGCAGAUGGCCCCAUCACGCCCUUGCGACCCUACGCAAACCCCAGUCAGCAGACAGCUCCAAGACGACCAAGCUGGGCGGCGGAGAUGCUGAAUGUGCGGGUGCUCUUGGAGCACAGCGAUCAUCAGGCCGCUUCCAGUCGACGCUAUUCAAUUUCUCCAAUGAGCUAUCACGAACAGCCGGCACGAAAGCAGUCGGUCCGGCGGAAAAGGUCACGAUCAGAGCUCAAGGAAUAUGGAGCGCAGCAGCAGAAUCUGCAUGAGACUGCACGUGAGGCGCUCGUGAACGGUGAUGGUGGGGGAGUGGUGCGAGCUAGAGGGGUGAAGGGGAAGAGUAGUAUCGCAGGUUGA